AUGUCGCUCGAAAGACUGCUGGAGAUUCACAGAUCUGGAUUGUAUGCUACAUUACCGCUGCAUCAAAUAGAUUCGGUGUAUACGCUCACCAAGGCUACGUUGCUUACACAGCUGUCUGACUUUGAGAGAUUCACACUGUUGGAGCUGCAAUUCUAUCUCACGUUGACAAUGGGACUGGAUAUAGAGGCAAAACACUGUCUCGAUCUCAUAUGUGAUCGUUUCGAUAUCACUAAGAGCGAGCGGAUAUGUGUCUUAAAGAGUGUGUAUGUGGAGGCAACUACGGGUUCCACGCUGAGGGAAGUGAGCGAUGGACUAGUUAAGGAUGCCAAAGAGCUUGUGAGGUUAUCGAAUAUAGCUAAGAGCUCCAUGGGUGGAAAACUCAAUAUUAUGCAAGAUCUAAUGGCAGUGACCAAGAGGGUAGUGGCCCUGCACCACGAAGACGUGAAGGAAUACACCGAGAAAUUAGCUCUUUUCUUGGACCUCCAACCGCUGGAUACGGAAUCAUGGUAUGAGAUGAGCGAGGUGUAUCUGGCAAAUGGGAAUACGGACCAAGCAAUUCACUGCCUUUCUGAAAUCCUGUUGACUGAGCCUUUCGCCUACAACGUAUGGAGCCGCAUUGGCGAGGUGCAACUGAUGACAGGGUUCAAAACGUCAGACUCACAGAGAUUUGAAGAGGCCAAGCGCCAUUUUGCACGCUCGUGCGAAUUAUGCGAGACAUACCAUCGCGGUUGGCUAGGAUUGCUGGAGUCCGCAAAGCGGCUCGGAGACAAGAAGUUGGUGGAGUUGAGCAGGACACAGUUGGACAAGAUAGUUUCCGGAAAACUAACCUCGGCGGAAAACAUAGAUAAGAUCUCGCAGAUUCUUGCAAACUAA